AUGGUGGAUUCUUGUUCAUUCCACGAGGAAAGGUCGGGAUGGUCGAUUGGUAUUUCGACGCCAGUCUCUGAUAGUGAACGUAACGCUAAAAUAUAUUUUUCAUUACGAUGUGGACGUUCACGUAAAAGCACCUUCAUUUAUGCUCAUUCCUCAUUUACUCCCAAUAAGUGGGUUAACAUUGCUGUGUCAUAUAAUGGUUCAGAAAUGGUUUUAUUCAUCAACAAAGCUAAAAUCUCAGUCAGUCAUGAACAAAUCGGUGACAUCUUUCCAUUAGUUAAACAUUCUUGUAGAAUCUUUUAUCUCGGUGGUGCUGAAGGAGAUCGUAAGGCCUUUCGGGGAACUAUUGAUGAACUAAGCUUGUGGAGCACUGCAUUACCUCAUGGAGCUUUAGCUCGAACACUUGUUUCGUCUAAUCUAGUUUUAAAAGACAAUUUCGACGACGUCAAGCGAUGGACAAUGGCAACGGGAAGAUCCGUAGAAAUAGUUUAUUCCGAUAUCCAAGAGAAUUCAGAAGUAGAAUUAGAAGUUCCACCAUGUGGACAAACUAUAUGUGAUAAUCCGGAAGUAGUUUUAAGUUACUCUAAUAAUUGGCUUUUACGGACUCCAAAGACAAUCCGUUAUAGAAUCGUCAAUUUGAUGAAUGACGACGGUUCACGUCCAACAGUUUUACAUCCACAAAUCCAAAAACAACACGAAGUUUUAAAUAAUGCAUAUCGACCUUAUAAUAUCAGUUUUGAGCUAAACGUGGCAAAUAUACGAAAUACCUCACUUAAUUCGAGAUUUAUGAUGUUCGGAUGUGAUCCGUCCGACAUCGGAAACGGACAGUGCAAUGAAGAGUGUAAACAUGCUAGGACCGGAAAUGACGGAGGUGACUGUUAUCCAAUAGAUAUAGCAUGUGAUCCUGUAAAGCUAGGUAAUGGUCAAUGUGAUUAUGAAUGUAAUCGUCGUAAUUAUGAUUGGGACGCUGGUGAUUGCUGUAUACCUGGUAACAACACCCAUUUUACAUGUUACAACCCUUCUUCAUCUCACAGGGGCUAUAUGAGUGUUGUAGAGUUAAAAGAAAUUCUCAGAUUUGAUAGUCGUUCCCAUUUAAAUGUUUAUUUGGUGGCGUGGACAACUGGUGAUAUGAUUGGUGUGGCCACAUUCCCUUGGGAGAAACAUGUUUAUUCUGUCCAAGGUGGAACAGUAGUGCAACCGGAAACCUUUGGCGUGGAAGGUCAGAUGGACAGUUUAGUACAUGAAAUUGGUCAUAAUUUUGGAUUAUGGCAUGUACACCACGGUGUGUCCGAAGUACCAUGUGGUGACCAAUGUUUGGAAAACGAACCAUCUAUGAUACAUGGUGAUAUGUGUGCUGACACCUUCCCUACUCCUAAAAAUCAGGGCUGUCACGAUCCCUUACCUACUGAAGAUGCUUGUGGUUCCCUGACAGCCUAUAAAGAUACUCCAUUUAGAAAUUAUAUGAGUUAUUCUGCUGAUAACUGUAGUAGUGAAUUUACGCCACACCAAACAGCCAGAAUGCACUGUUAUUUAGAUUUGGUUUAUCAACCUUGGAGGACAUCUACAGAACCAGCUCCAAUUCCCCUAGCACCCAGGAUAGCCCCAUCUCAAGAAGACUCGGUAACAAUAAUCUGGACACCACCACUGAGUUCUGGUAUCAAUGAUUGGGAAUCUGUCUGUAAUCUCUGUUCAACUGAUGGAUCACUAACUCAAUAUGCUGUCAAUGCUUCUUCACCAUCUCCUACAGAUAGAUGGAGUCCACAACAAGCUACAGGUAGUCCUGAUGCAGAGAAAUGUGAUUCUAGUACUAGAGCCUGGAUGCCGAAUGUCUAUAGCUGUAAGAAGAAAGGUUGUCGAAUUGAUUUAUACUUCAAAUGGCCAGUCAUUCCAGAGAGAUUGUCCAUCUGGGUGGUAUGGAAUGCAGUUAAUGGUAUCAAAAGAAUUAAGCUGUAUUUUGAAGGUGGACAGUCUAAUUUGAUCAAAGAUUUACCAGCACAUUGUGAUAUGCCUCUUACCUCUAGGUUGAAUGUUGAUAAAAAUCUAACAAAGAUAAGAAUUUAUACCAAAGAUCAGUAUGUAGCUAUAGAUGCUGUGGAAGUAACAUCAUCACCACAAAACAGUAGAUGUGAUAAUUGUCAUCAACUAAAAUAUCAUAUUUAUAGAGAUCCGCCGUUUAAACAGCAUCAUUUUAAAACAACGCAGACCACACAGUUUACUGAUAGUGAGGUAGAAAUUGGUAAGAGUUAUCGUUAUUGGAUCAAGGCAUCUGGUUCGAAGAUCAGCCAAUCUUCACCAUCGUUACAUUAUAAACAUGGUCAGCCAUAUUGUGGUGAUGGAGUCGUCAACCAAUCAAAUGAAGAAUGUGAUGAUAGAAAUAUUAAUAGUUAUGAUGGUUGUAGUUCAGAUUGUCAAAUUGAACCGUCGUUUCAGUGUAAAGGUGAACCGAGUCUUUGUUAUCGACAUGAUGGUGAUGGUGUGUGUGAAGAGUUUGAAAAGACCACCAGUAUUAGAGACUGUGGUUUCUAUAUACCACCGGGUUACAUGGACCAAUUAGCAUCAUCAGCUAUAGCCAAUCCUCAAUACCAGCAUCCUCAUUGUCCAGUUACAGCUGUACUUGGUCAGCCUAGUAUUGAUCUGGUUUGCAAUCGCCAUUUUGAUUCCACUGAAUCCUGGCAUCCAUGUGGUAGUUUUACGGAAUACGGUGACUUUUGGAUUGAGGUUUAUUUUCCACGACUGGUAGUGGCCACAGAAGUUAUCAUACAUCUUGCUUCAGAUGGUUCAGUAUUACAAGAUUCACUACUGUCCGUGGAAUUGAUUAAACAGAAUAACGAAACGUCCAUUCUAUCACCAAGAAUACAUACAAUAUCAUGCGAUAUUAAUCCAUUUCAUAUACCAGUUAUACAUGAUCUCUCACAACCUUUCUAUUAUACCAAAGGUGUUCGUUUAACAUUUACCUCAUUCAAUAUCAGUAUAUCAGCAGUGAGAUUAAGAUCUUAUAAAUAUUUAGAUCCUAUCACAAUAGCUAGCUGUACCAAAGAUGAACUGUUUAAUCCCAGAUCAGGGCAUUGUGUAUCGCACGAUAGUCAACUUACUACCUGUCCUCCCUAUCUGCUUGAUCAUUCUACAGUAUUAUGUACUGGUCACUCUGAUGGUGAUGAAUGUUCGAUUACUUGUAUUGAAGGAUAUCGAUUAACAAGUACCAAUAAUAAGAUAGUAUGUUCUGAUGGUCAGUGGUCAAGUUCUAGUCCAGUACGAUGUGAACUAGUAGAAUGCGGUGUCCCUGUCAUACCUCAUUCUACCACACACUGCAACUCUGGUACCACAUUGUACUCUAAUUGUACUUUCAACUGUAUACCGCCAGCUAAACACCAAGGACAAUCGAAUACCGUCCAAUGUGAUGUUAAUGGUUUGUGGACUUUACCUCUAGGAGCAUGCAUCAAACAAUGUUCACAACCCAAAGAGAUUCCGUUCGCUAAAAUAGCAUCAAGGAAAUGUAGACGAGGACCUCAACCUAUUGGUGCCAAAUGUAAAUAUAGAUGCCGUAAAGGAUUUAAAGUCGAGAGUUCAAGAAAGAAAAAGAGAAGAGUAACAUGGAGAACCUGUGGUGAGAACGGUGAAUGGAGUAAUAUUGCAUGUGAACGUGUAAGAUGUCCACCUAUAGAUCCAGUACAUGAUGGACAGUACGCUUGUACUGAUGGUAUAAAUACAGGAAGUACAUGUACUAUGACGCCAUGUACUUAUUCUAGACAGUUAAUCAAGAUAAAAUGUAUGAAGAAUGGUAAAUGGAGUGGACAAUUUAAAAGUUGUGAACCUUACCAAUUAUUAAGUUGUUCAAGACCAGUAGCAGUUGAUUUAAAUUUUAGAUGUACACAGUUGGUGGUUGGGUCUUCUUGUCGUGUACGUUGUAAACGAUCUACUCAUGAACCAAUAUUAGAAACCAAACACCAUAUUCCAGUAACAAACCACGAGCCAAGGGAAAUAACUCGAUAUGUCGUCUGCUCAGAUUCCAAGGAAUGGUAUCCUAGUCCAGAAUACUUGGACAGACGAGGCGAUGGCUGGUGUGAUGAAGUAAAUAAUAGGGAACAUUGUGGCUGGGAUAAUGGUGACUGUUGUGAAUCAACAGCUAAAUCGGGAUUACUUCCCUUUUCUAGAUCUUGUAUUGUAGGUUGUACUUGUCAGGAUCCUAAUGCAAUUGAGAAUAUUUCUAAGUCCAAAUUAGCUAGAGCCAGAAUAAGUCAUUCAAAUGGUUGA